UUCUCAGUUGAUUUGUAUCUACCUUUGGUGCGGACGGUUCGUCGGAGUUAACGCGUUUCGUUCGAAAACCAAAAAACCAGUCUUUAAUUGUUUGAUUUGAAGUGAAAAUCAAUUAAACAACAUCUCCAAUUACCAAAUCAAUCACCCCCGUUACCAGCAUGUCGUAAGGAGCUGAACAGGCCAUCCGCACACUUCCCACUCCCGAAUCCUGGACAAUGCAACCAUUCAGCGACAGUCUAAGCAAGAGUCGAGAUGAUCUGGUCCAUGUGGCCACCGCCUCCCGCCAGCAGCAGCAGCCCCUCUACGGUCGGAGGCGACACCACGGCAGCAGUCCCAAUCUCUCACUGGACCAGACGGAUAAUCUGCGAAGAAGCAUGGCAUGCCUGCAGGAUGACUUCAAUCAUCUGGGCCUAACUGCCACCGACCUGCCCUUCAAGUCGCCCGAUCUGGACUCUCCGCCCCGGCUGCAGCAUCACAACAACUAUGCCGAGAUCACGGACAGCAGCGCCGAGAACACGUGCCAACAGCGAUGGCCACCCCACAGCGGCGGAGCGGCAGCCGGGGUCUUCGGGCAUCCGGAUAAGCCGAUUGGCUGGAUGUACGGACUGCUCGGCUGCAUGAAGCCGGUGCUCUCGUUUAUCGGGAAAACGGGGGUCAUUGAGGUGAAGAGCCAGCGCAGCGAAGACUGGGAGAUCCCGUUCGAGUCCGUGUCGGAUCUGGAGUGGCUGGGCAGUGGGGCCCAGGGAGCCGUCUUCAGCGGGAAGCUCAAGAGCGAGAUAGUGGCCGUGAAGAAGGUCAAAGAACUGAAGGAGACGGACAUCAAGCAUCUCAGGAAACUAGAUCACGAGAACAUCAUCAAAUUCAAAGGAGUUUGCACGCAGUCCCCGGUGUUCUGCAUCAUCAUGGAGUUCUGUCCCUACGGCCCCCUGCAGAACAUACUCAAGGAGGAGCAAGUCAUGUUACCGUCCCGCCUGGUCUCCUGGUCCAAGCAAAUAGCAAUGGGCAUGCAGUACCUGCACUCCCACAAAAUCAUACACAGGGAUCUGAAGAGCCCAAAUAUACUGAUUAGUACAAACGAGGUGGUGAAGAUCAGCGACUUCGGAACGAGUCGAGAGUGGAACGAGAUCAGCACCAAGAUGAGCUUCGCCGGCACUGUGGCCUGGAUGGCGCCGGAGGUGAUCCGGAACGAGCCCUGCUCCGAAAAGGUCGAUAUCUGGUCGUACGGAGUGGUUCUAUGGGAGAUGCUCACCUGUGAAAUACCCUACAAAGAUGUCGACUCCUCGGCCAUCAUCUGGGGCGUGGGCAACAAUUCGCUCAAACUGCUGGUGCCCAGCACUUGUCCCGAGGGAUUCAAGCUGCUCGUCAAGCUCUGCUGGAAGAGCAAGCCGCGAAACCGUCCCUCCUUCCGGCAGAUACUCUCCCACCUGGACAUUGCUGGUCCCGAGCUGUUGCGGAAAACUGAAAAGCAAUAUUUCGAGACACAAAAGUCGUGGAAGGAGGAGGUGCGAUCGCAUCUGAAGGAGAUCACCCAGAACGGCACCAGCAUCCACAAGUACGAGCAGGAUCUGAUCAAGCGGCGCACCGCCGAGUGGCAGCAUGCCCAGGACAUUAGGAUGGUUUACGAGAAGAAGCUACAAAUAACCAACGAACUGUUCUUGGAGCUUAGCGAAUGCAUGACCCAGCUCCAGGAGAAGGAGAAGGAGAUUGCAGAACGGGAACGCAAACUGCCCGGAAGUGGCUACAAACCCUCGCGCCGGUUGGGCAACACUCUCAGGAAAAUGCAACACUAUCGGAGGAGGCUUAAUGGCCCACCGGCGGCCAUCCAACAGCAGUCCACCACCCCAGAUCCCGAAACCACGCCAGAGUCGCCUGUCAAGUGCGUUCUUUAUGCCCAGCUGGACAGCAAUUGCCAACCGAAAUCUUAUCUCGGCAACAUAAUUCCGGGAAGCGGCAUCGGUGGCACUAUGCCAUGCAAAAAUAAAAAAAUACUGCGACAUCGCCGCAACGGUUCCGGUUCCUUUGGUGCCCCUCCCAAGUACAGCCCGACGCGAGACCGUCGGUAUCAGAGCGAGCCGGAAAACAGAAAGGUUCAGCUGGUGGAGAGGCAGACCCAGACGGAUGCUAUGGAUGUCAGCGAGACGGAUAUUAGUCCCAGCGCGGAAGUGCCGAGAUCGAAGCCCAUGGAUGUGCCAUUGGUUCCAAAUCACCGCCAGCUGCCGCUGCAGCUCCAGAGGGUGCAGAAGAUGGCCGAGGCUCAGGCGAGGGCCAGAAACGGAAGUUUCUCGUCAGCUGCUGAUGCCACGAAUCCCGCUAGUCCGUCGAAUGGAAACUCGCUGAGCACCAGCGAACUGACCUACCAGGAUGCGUGCUCCAGCCCGGAUCAGCUCAUCGAUGAUGUGAUGAACAGCAACGAGCGGCUGGACAUCACCGAAUGCUGCAGCGACAACGAAAACCUGGAACGCCUCGGUCGCAAGGUCAUCGAAUUCAUCAACGAAAAUCGCCUGUCCAUCCAGUCCAACACGAACUCCAACUGCAAUACGGAGAAUGGGAACGGGGGAGCCUCACCCGUGGAGGGCAACAGCCCGUGCCUCAGUCGGUGUAGCAGCACGCAAAGCAAGCGACGGAAACACCCGCUAGGCGAUAGCCCGAGUGGAGGUUCCGCCAACAACGCGAAUGGCGAGUCCCAUGAACAGGAUAGCUGGUCGGACGAGGAGGGAGAGACCACAGACUACAAGCACGCGCUGAGGCGACGAAGUAUCGGCCGGCAGCCCAUUGGACGCGGAAUGAGACUACGUCGGAUUUACAAAGCCCCGCUCUCCCAGAAGGUUGCCAUCCACAAGCGCAACGUGGUGAUCGUUUCUGACGAGGAGGAGAACACCUCCGAGUACAGCCAUUCGCCUUCCAGCCACCACUCGACGUUGGAGAGCAACACCGACAUUGCCUCGGCAAUGAAGCAAACCCACACCACGUCCACAUCCACCUCCACGCACAGCUGCAGCGAACCUGAUGACAACUCGAGUGAUUCUAGCGACGAAGAAGAAGUGGUUCAUCCAGCAAAGGUCAAUUCCAAUUCCAAAGCCAAGGGCCCUGCUUUGCCCAUGGGCGCGGUGCGCAGCAGCGAUAUUAUAUCCAUACCUACCUUCGAGGCUGACGGCGCCGUCAACAUGGUCUAACCUAGUACUCCUAACCUUAACCCUACACUAGAGUUGUCUACUUAAUGCUGAAACCACUAUCUCUAUAUAUACUCAACGAGAAAUCGCCCCCAAUUGUACGGUAUUAUCUAUGUUCGUGUCCAAAUCUCUAUCUUUCUCUAAUUUAUAUGUACAAUUGUAAGCGUUGGAUCUCCUCCAGGCGUUGAUCGUCUCGGAAGAAGGAUCGUUCUGCGGUACACAGAAUGGAAGGAAAUGAAUCCUUUCGGGUUGGGGCAAUUCUAAUUUGUAUUGUACUUGUAUGA